AUGGUGGGAAAUCUAGGAAUAAUACAAGUUACAACGUGGCUUUUACUGGUGCUCUUAUUUCCGGCAAUCCAUGCCAACAGAGAAAUAGGUAAUAGAGAUGAAGUUGUUGAUUGCUCGGAUUUCUAUAGUGAAACGCGUCCAACUACCAAUGGUAGUGGUCUCUUGAGGGGCAAUUUAACAUCGUCAGCGGACGUAAAGCAAAUUGGAUCUGACAAGAAUAGGAUACCGUCUUCAAAUGAAGAUUUGGUCGAACGAUCCAUUACAUCUGCAGCCGGAACCCGAUACCCCUACGAAGAGAACCUCACCAUUAGGCCAUUGCCCAACAGUCAUUUGUUAACAUCUUUCUCUUUCCAUAUGAAAUCUCAGAAGUUCGUCCCACGUCAAUCUUCUAAUGAUUACAACGACUACAGUCACUAUACAGUUUUCCCAAAGGCGUUCAAGCCAAUGCUAGAUAGAACUUCAACAAGGCAGCUCUCCUUGAGAUUUACAAGGGGCUAUUGGGAUUCCGAAUCAUGGGGUCGCUUGCCUCACGAUGGAUUUAGAUCAGGCGGUUCUGGCGUUGAACUCUGGGCUACCAUUGAAAGUCGAUCAAAGGACGACGCAUUCAAGCAGUGGAAGACUCUUGCCAACUCCUUGAGUGGAAUAUUUUGUGCUUCCAUAAAUUUUAUUGAUAACUCGAGGACGACAUUUCCGGUUAAUUCAUUCCAGCCCAAUGACCUAGAGAGUGAUGGGUUACCUAUUUUCGAUCAUUCUAAGCAGCUGUACCUAAUACGCGCCGCCUUAGCGAAUGAACCUAUAUGUACAGAAAACUUGACACCGUUUAUUAAACUGCUACCAACAAAGGGAAAAUCCGGAAUUUCUACACUCCUUGAUGGUCACAGGGUUUUUGACUCCUUAUGGCAUAGUUUGUCGAUUGACAUCAAUACGAGAUGUAACAAUUCCACAGAUACUUGUCACUAUUAUGCAGAAGUGCUAAUCGACACGGUGAUUAACGUACCAAGCGUCCUAGCAAGAAACGAAAGACCGAUUCCCAAACCUGUACCUAGCGAACAGCUGCGCUGUGAUCUUUCUAAGCCUUUUGAUGCAUUCAGGUGCUUCCCACUUCCAGAGCAAACUGAGGUGCAAUAUAGUAUCUCCCAAAUAUUUGGAAAGCACAUAGUUGGUUCCAACCUGAUAUCCGAUGAGCCGUCUCGAGUUUGUGUCGAAGUUACUGACCGGUGGAAUGCUUUCGUUGAUGUUAAUGGUGUAUUUUACGCAACUAGCGAUAACUGUUUUGAUUUGAGACAUUCCAUAAAUCAGGAUAUUCAUCUGGAAGCUACUGAUUCCAGAAGCGUUGCUCACUUAGAGGAGGCGCCGGUUUACGUUAGUAGAUCCUUAACGGGUUAUGGGCAAGAUCGUGGUGGACUGCGUACCGUAUUCAACAAUCCCAGCUUGGAACCUAUUACUCUCGUGUACUUUGAAUCACUUCCUUGGUUUAUGCGAGUGUACUUGUCGACCAUGAAGCUGGAUAUAGAUGACUCAGGCGAUCAAGAGCUUACAUUGCAACAAGUCAUAAAGUCAAUGCAUUAUACUCCUGCAAGUGAUAGGAGUAGGCCUACUCAUUUAGAAUACACAGUUAUUGUCCCUCCAAAGACAUCAUUUUCCAUAUCAUAUCAGUUUGACAAAUCAUUGCUUCUCUAUGCAGAGUAUCCCCCAGAUGCUAAUCACGGAUUUGAGGUCGAGUCGGCUGUCGUCACAGUAUUAUCCCCUACUAAAUACCAAACGAGAACAGCUACUUUGUUGCUCUUACUGUCUACGCCAGACUUUAGUAUGCCUUAUAAUGUUAUCAUUUUAACUUCAACAAUAAUGGGGCUCAUUUUUGGUACAAUGUUCAAUUUGGUCCUUAAGAGACUCGUCACGGUAAAAGAAGCUGACAUAUUACAAAGCAGAAAUAAAAGUAAACUCAAAGUCUUCAAGGAAAGAAUACUAACUAAACUAAUCGAUUUAAGAGGUUGA